AUGGCUAGUGCAUUGGAAACUUUAUGUGGGCAAGCUUAUGGUGCAAGGCAAUACUACAUGCUCGGUGUAUAUCUUCAAAGGUCCUGGAUUGUGUUAUUGCUCUGCUCAAUUAUUCUCACACCUGUAUUUAUCUUUACAACACCAAUUCUAAAAGUUUUGGGCCAGGAUGAAGCUAUUUCAGAAGUUGCAGGAGUUAUUGCAUGGUGGUUAAUCCCUGUGAUGUUCUCAUUCAUUGUGUCCUUCACAUGCCAAAUGUUCCUACAAGCACAGAGCAAGAACAUGAUCAUUGCAUACUUGGCAGCAUUUUCAAUUGCAAUCCACAUUUUUCUCUCCUGGCUUUUGAUAGUGAAGUACAAGCUUGGGAUUCCUGGGGCGAUGAUUUCUACUAUUUUGGCAUUUUGGAUCCCCAAUGUGGGUCAACUAACUUUUAUUCUUUUUGGAGGGUGCCGAGAAACAUGGAAAGGUUUUUCAUAUUUGGCCUUUAAGGAUCUGUGGCCAAUAAUCAAGCUCUCUUUGUCAUCUGGUGUCAUGCUUUGUUUGGAAGUUUGGUACAACACCGUACUUGUUCUUUUAACAGGGAACAUGAAGAAUGCCGAGGUUGCCAUUGAUGCUCUUUCUAUUUGCCUUAAUAUCAAUGGUUGGGAAAUGAUGAUAUCCCUUGGGUUCUUGGCUGCAGCAGGUGUACGGGUCUCAAAUGAGCUUGGAAGGGGAAGCUCCAAAGCAGCAAAGUUCUCGAUCUUGGUGUCAGUGUUAACAUCAUUUGCCAUUGGAUUCAUGCUAUUUAUAUUUUUCCUGUUCUUUCGAGGACGUCUAGCUUACAUAUUCACUGAAAGUCGUGAAGUGGCUAUAGAAGUUGCUGAUUUAUCACCUUUAUUGGCUUUUUCUGGUGUUUGGAUUGGGAUGUUGUUUGGUACGCUCGUUCAAACCGUGGUACUUACCAUCAUCACUUACAAAACUGACUGGGAUGAACAGGUGUCCAUUGCUCAGCAGCGCAUUACCAGGUGGUUUGUAGGAUCUGAACAACAGGCUGCAAACCCACAAGGAGAAAAAAAGGGAGUUGCCAAUUUUCGGCCAUUAUUCAAAGUCUCCGUGACCAUUAAUGUGGGUCAAACCGGAGGUGCAACAGGAAAUGGAGAUGGGGAUAGGGAGAAAAUUGACCUUAAGUAUGAUUAUGAAGCAACACGAUGUUUCUUUAAAAUGAGAGCAUCUAUUAGAGUUGUUAAAACAGAGAGGCCAAGUAAGGGUCGGUCGUAUUUCGUGUGUGAAAAGAAGGAAUGCAAAUUCUGA